CUCUGCAAUAAUCCCACCAUUUCCGCUCCUCGGCCCACCCUCUCCACCACCUCCGGUCCGCCAUUUUUACACAUCUCAAGCAAUGCCGCCACCGCAUUUUCCUUCCCUUUCGGAGUCCCCCACUUCAUCAUCCCCACCAACCCCUCCACCACCUCCUCCUCCUCCUCCGCCACCACCGCCUCCGGCAGCCGCCUCACGAUCAACGCUAGUGCCCCUGCCGCCUCCUCUGCCGCCUCCUCCACCACCAAGGCCCGAAUAAGGGCCCGAACCACCCCAAACCCGACCAACAACCCGCAACUCUCACCAUCUGUCGACAGAUUAAAAAUCGCCGUCGCCGCAUCUCUCCUCCCGCGCGGCGUCCCGGCCACGAGCAAUCGGGCCAAGGCCCGAACUGCCUUUUCCUCACGAGCGAUAACCUUCUUGAACUCACUAAAAAGAACCGCAGCCGCGUUCUCACGGGCCUCGACCGUGAGCCCGUUUAUCAACACUCCGAUAAUCGAGCCCAAGCACCCGUUUAAGCCCAUUAUAACCGAUUUGUUCGUGUCGAGUAUCGAGAGGUUUAGUAAAGCGGUGAUCGAAUUCUCUUGUGCGGACGUGUCUUCUGACGAGAGGAGUUUUUCAAGGAGAGGGAUUGCGCCGGCCUCGGCAAUGCAGGCUCGGUUUUGCUUCCCGUCGGAGUUUUCGGGGGGUUCGUAUGGGAUUCCGUUGGCCGAACACCAAUGCGCGAUCAAAUUACGCAAGGCACGAUUUGGGAUGAGCUUUGUGUGGAGGAGGAUUUGCCCGGUUUUCGGACAAGUGGAGUGCCUUUCUUGCAUCCAUCGAGAAAUCGACGAGCGUUCGUACGUGUGGCCUGUCGAGAUUAAAACCGGAUCACGCAUCAAAUCCCACGAUAUGGGACAACAAAAGUCCUUCGGGAUAGUUAGAAACAUUUCGGCAAGUUCUUCUUGUGUGAGCAUUCCUUUCUUGGCAUUUUUCUUUUGGGCAUAUCUUUCGAAAUCGAGCUCAUCAUCGAAUCCGAACAGCAAGAACCUGCAAUAG